GCAAAGGUCAAGGGCAAAUGGAUGUGCAGUUUGUGGAUCAGUUUGGCUUUCACACAGUUACCUGCUGUGGCUAUCUUCCCCAGGUGAAUGACUGGCAGAAGGACUGGGUGACCUUCUUUGCCAGACAAAGAAUCCAGCCCCAGAUGGACAUGAUUGAGAAGAAUUCAGGAGACAGAGAAGCAAGAGAACUUUGGGCAAAACUUCAGCUGAAGAUACCCAGUUUGUUCUCUGAUGUGGAAAUUGUUCCUGCUCUCCUGCACGGAGAUCUCUGGGGAGGAAACGUGGCUGAGGAUGAUUCUGGUCCAAUCAUCUUCGAUCCAGCGUCUUUCUACGGCCACUCAGAGUAUGAGCUUGCAAUAGCUGGGAUGUUUGGUGGCUUCAGCAGUGCUUUUUAUUCUGCUUAUCACAGUAAAAUCCCCAAAGCCGCAGGGUUUGAGAAGCGCCUAAAGCUUUACCAGCUGUUUCACUACAUGAACCACUGGAACCAUUUCGGUUCAGGGUACAGAGGGUCUUCUUUAAACAUUAUGAGAGACCUUGUAAAGUGA